GCCGUCAUGCUCUGGUCGCUGCAAGAGCGCCGCCGUCCUCCUCUCGUUUCCGUCCGCCUCGGCCACCUCUGGUUUCCGCCAUCGAUGGUUCAUAAAGAUGAGCUCCUCUUCCUUCACAUGAUCUGCAGCGCAACUUUAUUGCAAGCAGGCGCCAAGCACGCUCGCCAUGACCUCCCGGACGUCGCCGACGUACGUGCCCUCGUCUCCAUCUUCAAACGUCUUCGACCGCCGCCUCGCAUGAGCUCGCCUCCCUGCAGCGACCACACCUCCGCAUCCCUUCAACGCGUCUGCGUUGCCAAGCCCUGCGAGUCUACGACCGCCAGCAUCCAGGCCACGCGACGGCCAAGCGCGCCACGCCAACGACGCCUCGUCCGCCUCGCAAGCCGUCAUGCAUGCAUCUCCGUCCGCGUCGAGCAGCUUGGCCCGUACCUCACCGGCUCCAGCUCGUCGCCAACAGCGCCGCGUGCCUGAAUCCCUGCAUCUCGUGCACGGGCACGGCCAAGCUCCAGGCUUGGAAGCCGUCAAACAGCAGCACGUCUCUCUGCCCAUGUUUAACAACGGGAGAUGCUGAGCUCUUUUUGCUACAGGCACAAGCCAACCUUGUCCCUUGUUUUAAUCAUCUCGCUGACAUGUGGACCCCUGGCCCUUUGUUCCUUGUCUCUGCCUAGGAUUUCCUUGGGUGAGAAACACCAGCGUCACGCAGUCCAGUUUCCAGUCAGCAUCUUCAGGUCCCACCAUCAGCCGAUGUGGCUAGCUCUC